UCGGGGCACUUGACCAAGCGGACGCUGGAAAACAAGUUUUGGUGCCAGAGCCUUUGGCGUGUCCCGAGGCUGCUUUUCCAGAGGCAGGUACUCAGAUUCCCCUGCUCUGGGUGCACGGCUCAUUCGGCCCAUGGACACGGUGCGGAUCGCUGUCGUUGGAGCGGGCGUGAUAGGGCUCUCCACUGCUGUGUGCAUUUCCCAGCUGGUCCCCCAGUGCUCCGUCACCAUCAUCUCGGACAAGUUUACUCCGGACACCACCAGUGAUGUGGCUGCCGGGAUCCUCAUUCCUCAUGCAUAUCCAGAUACACCCAUCGACACGCAGAAGCGGUGGUUCAGAGAGACCUUCAAUCACCUGUCCUCCAUCGCCAGCUCCGCUGAAGCUGUAGAUGCUGGGGUUCACCUGGUCUCUGGUUGGCAGAUAUUUCGGAGUAUUCCUACAGAACAAGUGCCAUUCUGGGCUGACGCGGUUCUGGGAUUUCGAAAGAUGACUGAGGCAGAGCUGAAGAAAUUCCCCCAACAUGUGUUUGGUCACGCUUUUACCACCCUGAAAUGCGAAACCUCUGUCUACCUCCCGUGGCUGGAGAAAAGGCUGAAGACCCACGGAGGCCUGCUCCUAUGCAGGCGAGUGGAAGACCUGUGGGAGCUCCAGCCCUCCUUCGACAUCGUGGUCAACUGUUCAGGCCUGGGAAGCCGAGAGCUUGUGGGAGACUCCACGGUUUUCCCCGUGAGGGGCCAAAUACUCCAAGUGCAGGCCCCCUGGGUGAAGCAUUUUAUCCGGGAUGGGAGUGGGCUGGUGUAUAUCUACCCUGGUGCGUCCCAUGUCACCCUGGGUGGAACUAGGCAGACAGGAGACUGGAAUCUGUCCCCAGAUGCAGAAAUUAGCCGUGAUAUUUUUUCCAGAUGUUGCGCUCUGGAGCCCUCCCUGCACAGGGCCCACAGCGUGAAGGAGAGGGUGGGCUUGCGGCCUGGCAGACCAAGCGUGCUGCUGCAGAAAGAGGUCCUGGCCAGAGAUGGACAGAGGUUGUGUGUGGUCCACCACUACGGCCACGGGAGCGGGGGGAUCUCAGUGCACUGGGGCUGUGCCCUGGAGGCUGCCAGGCUGGUAAGUGAGUGCGUCCAAGCCCUCAGGACCCCAGCUCUGACAUCAAAGCUAUAGAGGACAUGAAAGGACAGCUACCAGCCCCAGACACGAUUGAUCAAAGCACACUUUAAGCUGCAGAACAGGUUCAAAUAAUUUUUCUAUUGCAUGAAAAUUUAAUUAGAUAUUCUCUAUUUUUGAAAUGGGAAAUGAUGCAGCAUGUAUCAGCAGGCUUGGGAAGUCUAGCAUUACCAGCAUAGGGCAUGAAGCUGUAUUUCUGUUUAAAAUGCUGGUGAUAUAAAGUAAGAUUUGUUUUGGGUCUGGUGUCUGAGGGUCUACGCUGAUUUACAUGAACGCUGAAAGCUAUAAGGCUUUGAUACUUCUUGGCUCGUAAAUUCAUGAGAGGAGAUAGCAUAUGGCAAACACUGAAAUCACUGUCAGUUGCAGAGCUGUGAUGAUCCUCUUAGGUUAUAGCCAGAUAAGCAUCAUAGUCCCUCUGAAAAAAAUCAGUGGUGCUCAUGUAAUGCAGACUUAGUGCACUUACUAGAAGACAAAGCAAGAUUACUGCUAUUAUUAGUGGAGCAGCUUCCUCCCUGCCGCCAGUAAUGAUGGUAGAAGACAGAGGUGAUGUGGCACCAAUUCAGUAGCUGCCCGGGGUCCAUCCUCUCAGGGCUGUGUACUUCAUUACUACAAGCCACUGAGAGCUGACUCAUGGUAUGGUUGACUUUAUCUAAGCACUUUGGAAGAUUGAAUAGUAUAAGCAGCCAAAGAGCUAAUUUGCUGAUUGAGAUGGAACAAUCAUUCUGAAUGAUGUAUAACCAGAAGCAUUCUGCACGUUGUUGAACAGUAUUAGGCAGGAGGGCAGUGUGGCUCAUGAGAAAACGUGUCUGGGAAUUGCAGGGUCAAAUACAUUGAACCCGGCUUCUCAGCUCAGGUUUCCUUUACAAUGUUUGUGUAUUGUGAAUUCGCAGAAGGGUUUUUGGCUAGGUGGAUGAUAAAGGAGAUGCUAUCUACCUAGGUAAGAAAGUUUUAGAAGAAAUGAACUUAAUUUUAAUUUGGGGGAGAUGACAUGUUUGGCGGUAAUAAAUUCUAUUUUGGAUAUCCUGGGGAGGGUAUAAAAACCGAUAGUAAAAAUGUAAGAGAGACAAAGCUCCCGGCACAGCUCUGUUUUUAUUAUUUUGUUUUUUGAGCUUUGCUUGCGAUUUUUUUCGAAGAGAAUAUUCCGCUGGGGGUGCGGAGGCGCCAGGAUAUCAGAUGACCUAUUAAAAUUCUCAAGUUAAAUCAAGCACGGGCUCCUUCCUGCAGCUGUCCACCAGGGGGUGGUAUUGUAUCAACUCAGAUUAAACUGGUACAUUUGAAAAUUUAGACUAGAAAUAAACAAUAGAUACUAAGCGUGGA